AUGGGCUUCCCGUGUCGGGCCGCGCUGCGCCUCCAGACGGAGCCCGGCGUGCAGUGCUUGUUCAUGGCGUCCGUCACCGGCGAGCUGCUGUGCUUGAGGACCCGCAGGGGUGCAGGGGCCAGAGCGGGCGCGGCCACGACUCCCCCGAUGGGGCAGCAGAGCCGCUUCUGCACCAGCCUGCCGACCACAUCGUUUGAGCUACAGGCAGCUGCCUGCGCGAAGCCCUGUCCCCUGCCGCUCCGCGAGGCAAGCGAGGAGCGGCAGCCCGAGAGCUGGCCAGCCGAAGAGCUCGCGCAGCCCAGCCCACUGCUGCACCGCGGGGCGAGCGGGCAGCUGCAGCCCGAGCGCCGGCCAGCCGAGCAGGAGGCGCUCUCGGAGGAGGCGCCAGGCGCGCCCGUCUUCCGCGAGGUGGAGCCCACGGCCGAGGAGCAACGCCAGGCCCAGGCCGCAGCAGAGCCGGCCCUUGCCGACUGUUGCGGGCAGACGGUGACGGUCUUCGAUUGGGACGACACUUUGCUGUGUACCACCUGGCUGUCGGCGCUGCGGAGGCGCUGCAGGGCGCCCUCGGCCGCACAGCGGCAGGAGCUCUGGGGCAUCGGGCUCGCGGCGCGGCAGCUGCUUCAGAAGGCGCAGGAGGCCGGCCACGUGGUGAUCAUCACCAACAGCGCAAGCGGCUGGGUCGAGCACAGCGCCGCGAUGCACGUCCCUGAGCUCCUUCCUCUGCUGAAGGGCGUCCACAUCAUCUCCGCCCGGAGCGAGUUCAGCCAGGAGUUUCCCGAGGAUGCGGCCCGGUGGAAGUUGCAGGCGUUCUUAACGCUACAGCAGCGGUUCUUGUCACGCCCCAUCUCCAAUUUGAUCUCCAUCGGCGACUCGAGCCACGAGGUUGACGCUGCCCGCGCAUUGGGCCGGCGGUUGGAAUGUGAUAUGCUUGUGAAGACCGUGAAGUUCUGCGAUUCGCCGAACCCAGAGCAGUUGCGCAAGCAGUUGGAAUUGGUCUGCUGCAAGUUGGACACGAUCGUCGCAUGCACCACCGACAUCAGUGUGACACUUGAGCGGAGACCAGCGUGA